AAUGGCAUUCCCUUGGGACAUCUCAGCUUUGAGAUCUCACUCUCUCUUCUCUGUCUUUCUCGUAAAUCAACCUCACUCCCUCUACCUAUAGCUCGUCUCUGGAGAUGGCUGCCACCACGAUCUACCCCUCUAAGAACUCGAGCUCUCAUCGUUCUUCUAUUCCACGACUCAACAUUGACGCGGCGAUGUCUUCUCAGCCAGCUCCCGCACCUGCUCCUGCACCGCCAUCCCCAAAGCCAGGCAGCAGUCAUGGUAGCAACACUCCUAAGAAGCCUGGAGACCCUAAGAAGGAGACAUACCGGCAACUCUCCCACAAUGAGUGGGCUCAGUUUUGUCGAGGCAUUGGUGUGUUCAAAGACGACGAGAGCGAGGAAGUGGUUCGUCCAAUCAGUUUAUGGUGGCCGCCAAAGGGGUUUAGAGAUGGUCUUUAUCAAGACGUCCUUGUUGAGAAGACCAAGUUCACCUACUUCUUCCAUAUUGUAUCCACAAUUACGUGGGCCUUGAUGCUCAUUCAGAUAGCAAUGAGCGCCGUUUUGACCGCUCUCGGAUCCGUGGCAACCUCAUCCGCAGUCAAGGAGGGGACAGCAAUCACUUCCAUCGCUGCUAUGAACACCUGCGUUGGCGGAAUUCUAGCCCUACUACACAACAGCGGUCUGCCAGCCAGGUACCGCUCGGAUAGAAAUGAAUUCUAUAAGCUCGAAGAGCACCUGAAGUCCAUUGUCGACACGGCCCUCGUCCCCGCGGAUCAGGACAUCAACGAAGUCCUCGCCGAUUGUUACACCAUGUUCCGGGACGCCAGGCAGACUGUCCUGAACAACAUUCCAGCCACCUACACCACCGCUCCGAGAAGCGAUAAGAGACUCGCUGAGAGAGCCUCGAGGAUGAUUGAUUCGAAGAAGUGAAAGUUGAUUGAUAUAUAACGCCCUAAUACCGUACUCUGAUACCCUGAUACCCGACUCCUAAUCUGAUCCCUCGACGCAUAUGCAUAGCUCGACUCAUAAUCCCGGGAAAUUAUUCUAACUCGGCGAAGGAGAUGUUUGGGAGUCUUACUUUCGUGUUUGCUUGCCGAUACUACGAAUUACUCUUGCGUUUAGUUGUUAUGGUGGUGUGAUAAUCAAAGUUGGUGGUUAUACAGAGCAUCUUAGUAAUUAGAGCUGGCUUAUAUAAGUAGCGAUUCUCUUCAUCGUUGGCCUUCUAGGGUAGACGCAAGAGGCGUGUCAGAGGCGUGUUUCAUGCAGGACGGAUAGUCUAGGCAUAAUUGACUUUUUAGAUCAUCGAUGCUCUACCUCUAUCUAU